AUGAAGAGUUUGUCGAUAAAUGUACCUUUGGUGGAAGCUUUAGAACAAAUGCCAGGAUAUGCCAAGUUUAUGAAAGACUUGGUAACAAAGAAGAGAUCCAUGAAUUGUGAAACAAUCAAGAGGACGCACCAAGUGAGUGCCAUUGUACAUUCCAUAGCCCCAAAGUUAGAAGACCUUGGUGCUUUUACAAUCCCCUACACUAUUGGUAGUGCCGAUUUCGCCAAAGCUUUGUGCGAUUUAUGGGCAAGCAUUAACUUGAUGUCAUAUUCUAUGUUUAAGACAUUAGGGAUUGGGCAACCAAGGCCCACAUCCAUGAGGUUACAGAUGGCAAAUAGGACAAUGAAGAGGUCAUUGGGUACUAUAGAUAAUGUGUUUGUGCGGGUCGACAAGUUUAUACUUUCCGCGAAUUUUGUGAUUCUGGACUGUGAGGUUGACUAUGAGGUGACGAUCAUACUAGGGAGACCUUUCCUAGAUACAAAGAAGGCUUUGGUUGAUGUGGAAGCAGGGGAGCUCACCUUCUAG